UGUUGAAAAACGAGGUGGCAGACGUUUGGGUUAUGUUGGGGAUCUGCUGCAGAAGCAUGGCUGUACAACUGAUGUCGAGUGUACUUCUCAUUGCUUUGCUGACAGGGGGUGUCUCCUGUGUUCCUCUUGGCUUGCACAAACCUUAUACACAGGGUAGCGGUCCUGCUCCAGUGUGGUCAAAUGUUCGAGAAGGAGUGUAUGGAAUGCCCCAGUCUCAGACGCAGAGACCCGAACCUUCACAGAAUCCUCCACCUGCUCCGAGUCAACCUGCUGACCCUGGUUACAUGGCUGAAGAUCCAUUAAGCAGUCUGCAGCCACAAGGUGGAAUUGUUGGCCCAUUCCCGCCUAUGCCUCCCCCUCUCCCUCUCCCCCAACAGUUUCAGGCUGGAGAACUGUAUCAAAUCGAAGGAACUCAUGACUUUGGAAAUUUCCUGAGGGAGUCAAUUGAGCACAACCUAGCUGUGGCUCCCCCUGAUGGUGGUCCUCUCGGCGGCCCAAUGCCAUACGAUAGUCUAAAUAGUCAAUAUGGUCCUACUGGAGGUUUUAUCGGCAGCUGGAGCAUCAUUCCAUAUGAUUACGAAUUCUUGACUGGUCAGUACCCCAAAGGAACACUUAGUUACCAGAGCAGCAGCUUUGAGCAUGGAGGAAAUCACUACAAUGAUGUUCACUACUCAAACGUCCCUGGUCUUGGCUCAGUCCGGUACCCAGUGUUUCCAAACCUUAUGUGGUUCACGUCUGGCAACAGGCGUGAAUCACCGCCGACUCGUGAAGCACGAAGAGCCAUUUCUACUGUGUAUUCUUAGUAUUUCAUAAUUAAAGCUUGUGACCCUGA